CGAACGCCAACCCUUUCGUUUCUUUUCCAACUUGUCUUUAUUCUAACAAUGUCGGCCCUCCGUGCUUUCUCCUCGCUCAAGGGUGCUGCUGCCCGCUCGGCUCCCCUCCGCUUCCAAGCUGCUCGCUCGUAUGCCUCGCAGACCAAGACCUUGAAGGAGCGUCUUGCUGAGAUCAUCCCCGAAAAGCAGGCCGAAGUCAAGGAAUUCCGCAAGGGCUACGGCAACAAGGUCCUCGGUGAGGUCACCGUUGACCAGGCCUACGGUGGUAUGCGCGGUAUCAAGGGCCUUGUCUGGGAAGGCUCCGUCCUGGAUGCCGAGGAAGGUAUCCGUUUCCGUGGUCUUUCCAUCCCCGAGUGCCAGAAGGCUCUUCCCGCCGCCGUCGAGGGUGGUGAGCCUCUCCCCGAAUCCCUCUUCUGGUUGUUGGUCACUGGCGAAGUCCCCACUGCCGAACAGGUCAAGGGUCUGUCCGCUGAAUGGGCUGCCCGUGCUGCUCUCCCCGAGUUCGUUGAGGAGCUGAUCGACCGCUGCCCCAAGUCCCUCCACCCCAUGUCGCAGUUCUCGUUGGCCGUCAACGCCCUCCAGCACGACUCGAUCUUCGCCAAGGCCUACUCUGAAGGCAUCCACAAGUCCCAGUACUGGGACCCCACCUUCGAGGACACCAUGAACCUGAUUGCCAAGCUCCCCAACGUUGCUGGCCGCAUCUACCGUAACGUCUACAAGGAUGGCAAGGUUGCCGCCCUUGAGGCCGACAAGGACUACUCGUACAACUUCUCCAAGGUCCUUGGCUACGAAGGCAACGCCGACUUUGUUGAGUUGAUGCGUCUCUACUUGACCAUCCACUCUGACCACGAAGGUGGCAACGUCUCCGCCCACACCACCCACUUGGUCGGCUCUGCCUUGUCUGAUCCCUACCUCUCCUUUGCCGCUGGCUUGAACGGUUUGGCUGGUCCCCUCCAUGGUCUUGCCAACCAGGAAGUCUUGCGCUGGACCUUGAAGCUCAAGGACACCAUCGGCAUCGAUGCCUCUGAGGAACAGAUCAAAAAGUACUUGUGGGACACUUUGAACGGUGGCCAGGUCGUCCCUGGCUACGGUCACGCUGUCUUGCGUAAGACUGAUCCCCGUUACACUGCCCAGCGCGAGUUCGCCUUGAAGCACUUGCCCGAUGACCCUCUCUUCGGUUUGGUCUCCAAGUUGUACCACAUUAUCCCUGGUGUCUUGACUGAGCACGGCAAGACCAAGAACCCUUGGCCCAACGUCGACGCCCACUCGGGUGUCCUUCUCCAGUACUACGGCAUGACCGAACAGGAUUACUACACCGUUCUCUUUGGUGUAUCCCGUGCCAUUGGUGUUACCGCACAGCUCAUCACCGACCGUGCCCUCGGCAUGCCCUUGGAACGCCCCAAGUCCUACAGCACCGCCCACUUGAAGAAGAUGUUCGGUGCCCAAUAAGCUUAAUCAUAUUACCAUCGCCCCUUCAAAAAGCAUACAAAAAGACGCUACCUAGUCAUCCCUGUAAAUUCUUUCCUCCUCGUCAUGUCAUCAAUCAUAUAAAAAGCUAUACUUUUUCGUUUUCAACUGUAA